AUGGCGAGGAUGCAAAAUGAAAGAAAUUUACAAGUAACAUUUUCAAAACGACGCGAUGGAGUCUUUAAAAAAGCAACAGAGCUCUCCACUUUGUGUGGUGCUGAUGUUGUUGUUGUAGUUUUUUCUCUUAGCAAAAAACCAUACUCAUGUGGACACCCUUCCGUUGAGUCUAUUAUGAAUAGAUUUUUGGUAGAAAAUCCUCCGACUGAUAUUGAUGCUCCUAACCCCAUCGUUAUUGCUCAUCAAAAUGCUAAUACUGAUGAGAUCAAUACGAAGCUAAACAGAUUGGAGAUUCCAUUCGAAAGAGAAAAAAAAUAUGGAGAAGCUCUUCAAUCAUCGAGGAAAGAACUUCCAAUUGAAAAACUCAGUUCCUUUGACUUUAAAAAUCUGUGCAAGGCCUUGGAAGUUGCAGAUGAAGCAAUUGAAAGAGUACUGAGCAUAAAAAAAGAGUGUGGUUUUGAAUUUCCAUAUCAAACCAUUGGAAGUGCAUUUACUCCUCUAAGAGUUACAAAACAUUCUUCGUCUGAUUCCUAUGAAAGGCCAUCUGGAUCCAAUGAAUAG